CCUGGCAGCUCUGUCACCAGGUUAUUUUCAAUCUUUCGCGUGUUGCUUGACAGCAGUCAAGUAUUUACCUCUUCGUAAAAACAUAUUUCUUAAAGAAAUGGCGAAAUCAAUCCGAAGUAAAUGGAAGCGAAAAUGUCGAGCGAUAAAGCGGGAACGAUACGCAGUCAAAGAACUGGCGAGAUUGAAGAAAAUGUUGGGUAUAAAGGACGAAGAAAAAGUUACAGAAAGCGAGGUUAUGGAAUCUGAUCAAGUUAUAUUUUUCGACGCUGGAGAACUAAGUAAGAAGAAAAAGAAGGAAGAGAAACCACAGGAAGAAGAAGAUGACGUCGAAAUGAGUUCCGAUGACGAGAAAGUUGAAGUUUCCGGUGACAACGGUAAAAAGAGAAUAUUCAGUACAAAAACAUUGAAAGAUCAAAACGGCCAGUAUCCAGUAUGGUUGCACAAACGUAAGAUCGCGAAGUUGUCGACAUCAAAAAAGAAUUUAAAGAAGAAAUCGAAGAAACGUCGCAGAUAAUAAGCGCCAUUAAAUACUUUAAUAUAAA